UGAAACAGGUCUAGGGAUUCUCAUUCCUUGUUUACAUUGGCAGAUAUAGAAUGUAUGAAUAAAACACAUAAAAUGUGAUUAUUGAAUACGAGACUCUAUCUUAGUAAACCUUUUAGAAUGUGUUAAUGUAUGCAAUAUUGUUGAAAGGAAGGAGGUAAAAGGUUAAAAGAUAGUAAUUAGACAAACGUUGUAUGCGUCGUCUGCAUAUUUUACUGUACAGAUCAAAACAAAAUGCAUAAAAAUAUAAACGUGAUCGUUCAUGAUGUUUUAUAAUAAUAAAAUAUCUUCUUUAUACCUAAUUUACAUGCUCUCUGAAUGAAUUAAAAUAAGCUUUUCUUGUUUUAUGGGGUAAGCUAUUAGGAUAAGUUUUAUUAAUCAGGUUUGAUUUCAUGUGAGAUAGUCCACUAAUAAGUAUUAUUUCUCUAUAGAAUUCCAAUUGCCUUUUAAAGAGAAAGUGACAAGUCCAUACAUGUUUUAUGAUUAUUCAUAUGAAAUAUUGUAAAUAAUUCAAUCCUUACAUACAAGAAGUAGUAUAAUAGCCAAUCACCAAAACAAUAAUUCUAUGACCUGUUGUACCUACUGCUAUGAAAUGUUGCUGGUAGUUCAUUUUGCCUAUAGCUCAAAAUUAUUAUAUACUGUAUAUCAUCAUUACCAUAUAAUUCAUUCAAAGCUACAUGUGGAUUAGUAAAUAUGGUCCAACGAAAAACAUUAAACAGGAUAACCUGUUUUAGGUUAGGAUGUCUGAAACAAUGUAUGGCAAGACAUGAUAGAACAUCAUGUAACUCCAUGUAGAACCCUCCAUGAACAUUUUAGCAAUAUAGCUAUGUCAAUCAACAAGUAUCCAAGCAAUAAAAAUAACAAAAUUAUUCACUCAAUCCUUUCAAUAGUAAAGCCUAAAGAAAUCCACUUCACCCAGGAAAUCAAUGAAUAUUAUUAUUAUAUAAAUUCAGUAUUAUAAUAUUCUUUAUUGCAACUAAUAUUGCUUAAUCUUCUCAGAACUUCAAGGUAUUUUCAUUUCCUUUCCAGUCCAAUAAUUUUUAAAAUAAGUGCAUUGCAAGUAAGGUAUUUUUACAUAAUAAUAGCCGCUCAGCCAAUUUCCCCUUGAUGACUACACAUCUUCACCACGAGCGCGCUGUCGGCGUUUCUCCUGCUCAAGCUUCUGCUUGCUCCAGCUCCUGUUCCCCUAUUCUGUGCAAAGUGCCCACACGUGGAAGCGCAUAUAAAAUUUCUAGUGUUUUUUAAUUAUUUAAUUUUUAUUCAGAUUUCUUUCUAGUUUUGUAUCGGCGGGAUAAUAAAUAAUUGAAAUCUGAUAUCUCGUUCUGCAUUUUAUCUUCAUUUCAUUUUGCAAUAGAAUUACAAACAACAGUUUUACAGUACUGCAAAAGAAAAGGCAAAGCAUUCAUCUCAUAAUGAAUCCAGUAUUGAGGGUGAAGUCUGAGCCAAGAGACAUGGAUGAAGACGACAUCAAAGAAGAGAUUGACAUUGACUACACCAUGUCCUGGCUUGGCAAGCAGGAAGUUUUGGUUGACGAACAGGUCUCCUCCAACCCUGACAGUUUACUCACUGUAAAAGAGGAGGAAACGCACUCAACUGGAGAAGAAUCUGUAAGAGAAGGAGAUGAUGAAGAAAACGAAAGGACAGUUAGCAAAGAGAUAACCUUGCCCACUGCUUAUGUACUGCAUAGUAAUGCAAGAAGACAAUACCAGAACCAGAGCUCAGAUCACGAAUUUGUGUCUCAAUCAGCUGGUAGUUGUGGUGAUUCCUCUGAAGAAGAAGGAGGAGGAAACGAAAACUGUGAAUCACAAGAUGGAAACAAUGAAAUACUGGUAGUAAAAACAAAACCUAAUCGAAAUCGAGAUGUCAUAGAUCAGGGAGAUAGAAAUGCAACACUCAAAACGACAGUUACAGAGCCUCAUCAGUGUUCAGUCUGUACAAAACACUUCUCUCGUAGUAGUUACUUGAAUGUCCACAUGCGAACUCACACCAAAGAGAAACCUUACCAGUGUACAGUCUGUACAAAACAAUUCUCUCAGAGUAGUGACUUGAAUGUCCACAUGCGAACUCACACCAAAGAGAAACCUUACCAGUGUACAGUCUGUACAAAACGUUUCUCUCAAUCUAGUACUUUGAAUUUUCACAUGAAAACUCACACCAAAGAGAAACCUUACCAGUGUACAGUCUGUACAAAAAGAUUCUCUCGGUCUAAUACUUUGAAUGUUCACAUGCGUACUCACACCAAAGAGAAACCUUACCAGUGUACAGUCUGUACAAAAAGCUUCUCUCAAUACAGUAAUUUGUAUCACCACAUGCGUACCCACUCCAAAGAGAAACCUUACCAGUGUACAAUCUGUACAAAAAGUUUUUCUCGGUCUGAUUAUUUGAUUGUCCACAAGCGUACUCACACGAAAGAGAAACCUUACCAGUGUACAGUCUGUACAAAACGUUUCUCUCAAUCUAGUAAUUUGAAUUUUCACAUUAAAACUCACACCAAAGAGAAACCUUACCAGUGUACAGUCUGUACAAAAAGCUUCUCUCAAUCUAGUAAUUUGAAUUUUCACAUUAAAACUCACACCAAAGAGAAACCUUACCAGUGUACAAUCUGUACAAAAAGAUUCUCUCGGUCUAAUACUUUGAAUGUUCACAUGCGUACUCACACCAAAGAGAAACCUUAGCAGUGUACAGUCUGUACGAAAAGCUUCCCUCGGUCUCAUCAUUUGAAUUACUCACACCAAAGGGAAGCCUUAUAAGUGUACAGUCGGUACGAAGAGCUUUACUGUUUCUUGCAAUUUGAAUCUUUUUUUGUUGAUACACAAGACAAUUUGAAAUCUUGCAGAUAUGAAGCACUCUCAUCAGCCUGAUUCCUUACCUGCCUAAUAAGACUGUUUUGAGGUCGAAAUGUUGAGAAUUGCUGAUACAAGAGAGUAUUUCAAAUGAGAUGUCAAAAAAUCUUACUUCAAUCCUUUUGUCAACUAUUACAAUGGUUCGUUCACCCCCUUGUACCAUGAAAAACAUUUUCUCCCAUGAGCAGCUUCAUGUAGGUGGAGAGUAGAGAUUUGAAGGUGGUAGGUGAGGGGGAAUGCGCUGGAUGGUCCCAUUCAGAGCAAUUGCUUUGUGGUGAUGGCCAUGUUGGUUUGGCAGGGUGAAAACCUGACUCCAUGUAAGCAUAACUAUGACUUCAAAAAUAAAUGUCCUUCGGCCCUGAAAUCCUUAGUACACUUAUAUUAUGAACCUGCCUUGUAGAGCAAUUUUUCCUAAUAUGAAUAUUAUGUUGGAAAACAUAAUGUUCACUGCAAAUGUGGAAAUCCAAUAGAUGAUUGACAUGAUGAUACUCUUGUUUUUUUUAUUUUGUAUGAAAGACUAACGACGUGAUUUGCUUAUUCUUUCGAUCUAUGGACCUUUUUUAUUAUAUUUCCUUGCUUUUUCCAUUCUUAUUCAUUUAAUAUUAUCCAAUACAAAGAACCCCUUGAGAUUUCAAUCAUAAUUCUUUAGAAAAUAAUUCUAGUAUUUUUAUAAUGCUGUAUAGAAUAUAUAACUUUUAUAUAAAAAAGGUCUUGAACAUUGUUAAUGUAGAAUGAUAAUGAAUCAUAUUAGUGGUUUAUUUUAGUCACAUCGUUUUUUGUACUAAAAUCUUCUACAGUACUGCUAUCUUAAGCCCGGUUGCAUAAAGCCUGUUGAAUUCUAAUCAUGAUUAAAUCCACAAGAACCAAUGAGAGAAUGCUAUUUUCAUAGUAUGCAUAGUAUUUUAACGUAAGGCUGUCAAUCUUCCAUUGUUCAUUUGUAUAAACACUACCUCAUGUCUUUUGAGUAACGCAACGUCUAUUGAAUAAUCAUAUUAUGCAACAUUGACUUUCACCAAUUUUAAAAUACUGAAUCUAUUUUUUUCAUUUAUUUUAGUUUAUAUUUAGUAGUCAAACUAAUGCUGUAUGCAGCAUUAUGUAUCUGAUUUUCAUAAUUGUCGAAGUGUUCAUGUUUAUAAAAAUAAUGUUCAGUAUGAUUUUAUUUCUGAAACAGUAAAAGCUAUCUUUCUACCAAAGUGGCUUUAAAAGUAUAAAGUAUUAAAUUUUAGGGUUAAUAGUUGUGUUUAUGUUCAUCAAAAUAAUGUUCAGUAUAAUUGGUAUUUCAUGAACAGUAAAAGCUGGUUUUCUAUCAAA